CUUGUAUAAGUUCAGUUUAAACCACGAGUCUUAGUUAAACUUUGGUUUAACGAAUAAAAUUCGUUGUAUAGGUGUUUGUGACUGCCAUUCGGAGUUUAACUGUCAACGGAUGGAUGGAGGGGCAGUUAAACUACAAGCGUCGGUUAAACACUAAACACAUGUUCGGAUUGAAUACUGAUGUGUCAACUAUUUGUGAUUAAUUCAUGUAUUAUAACCUGACGCGCCCAGAUAUUUUCAUGUUUUCUUAAUGGACAUAUUUGAAGAUGUAUUAUUUGAAAAGGAAAACCCAAGAAGACCGCGACUUUUUCUACCGCGAAUCGACACCAUGGACAUUUGGAUAAACCAGGAAUUUAUCAAUAGGUUCAGGAUGUCGAAAGCAUCUGUAGGGGUAUUAAUUCAAGAAAUUGGCCUGAAUUUGCAUAGGAAUACGCCACAGAAUCAUACUCUUACUCCAUUGACACAAAUUCUGGUAGCAUUAAGGUUUUAUGUUACAGGCAUCAUGCUCAAUGUAGCGGCAGACUUUGGAGGAAUUGACACUAGCACAGCAUCACAUGUUGUUCGUGAUGUAUCAAGGGAAAUAGCGAGAUUGUUACCUAUGUAUAUUAGGAUGCCUAUGACGAAUGAGGAACUGAAGGAAACCCAAACAGACUUCCAGAAUAUAGCCAAUUUUCCUAAUGUUAUUGGUGCUGUGGACUGCACCCAUAUUAGGAUUCAAUCUCCAGGUGGAGAAAAUGCUGAAAACUUUCGUAAUAGGAAAGGCUAAUUUUCAAUUAAUGUUCAGAAUGUGUCUGAUGCUAACUUAUACAUAAGGAUUUUCAAAAACUACACCUGACGAUUUGAUCUCCACAAACUUUAUUUGAAAAAUAUAUCACAACAUGUUUCGCUAAAAUAUUAUCUUUUUCAAGUGAUUUCAAGUGAUUAUACAUAAGGAAUAUAGUUGCUCGCUGGCCAGGAUCAGCUAAUGAUAGACUCAUUUACAGUAAUAGCUGAUUGAAGGCUCAGCUCAACGGUGGGAUGUAUGGAAAUAGUUUCAUUGUAGAUGAUUCAGGCUAUACCCUGGACAACCAUGUAAUGAUUCCAGUAGCAAAUCCAAACACUGCUGCUGAA